GUAAUACUCCGUCUCGGAAGAUUUCAUCACAGAGGGAUGUCACCUAACAGGGUCGUGAGGAUGCACGGCACCAUCAGAUCCAGACCAAGUUCUCGCCCUUCAAGCCGGGUAAAGACCCCGCCUCGGGCCCGUACGAUACGACAAAGAGCAUCCCGGAGCAGGUUGUGGAGUCGGUGGCAUCAUCGCUCGCCAACCUCCGCGCCACCUACCUCGAGUGCCUGGUCCUGCACUCGCUCUAUCCAGGCAUACAGGACACUCCCAUGGCUUGGAGAGCGAUGGAGGACUUAGUGCCAUCCAAGUCGAACCCGCUCAGCCUGUCAAAUAUCGACCUAGAGUCGCUGCGCCGGUCUGCGAGCUGGCCAGGGUUGACGGUGGUGAAACGCUGGGAUGAUUCGAGUAAAAGAAACUACUGCAUGCCAGAA